AUGCACCCGAUGCUCACGCUGCUGGGCCUUGCCGCCCUCCUGGGUGCCUCCCAGGGCCGCACGGAUUGCUACGGCAGUGUGAGCAGAAUUCACACCCCUGGGGCUUCAUGCCAAACUGCAAAGCCAGAGCGUUUACCCUACUGCGGAACUAGGGCUUCAGAAAAGAUUGCUGAAGGGGACCUAAGAGCCAUGAAUCAAUAUAAAACAAUCAUUAAGAGAGUUGGCGAAAGACACUGUGUCGAACCAGCCCUGAUCGCUGGCAUCAUCUCCCGGGAAUCUCACGCCGGCAAAGCACUGAGGCAUGGCUGGGGUGACAAUGGAAAUGGAUUUGGUUUAAUGCAGGUUGACAAGAACUCACAUAAACCUGAGGGAGCAUGGAACAGUGAAGUUCAUCUUAAUCAGGGCACAAGAAUACUUGUCUCAAUGAUUAAAGCAAUGCAGAGGAAGUUCCCACACUGGACAAAGGAUCAACAGCUGAAAGGUGGGAUUUCUGCCUAUAACGCUGGUCCUGGGAAUGUCCGAAGCUAUGACAGAAUGGACAUUGGCACCACCCACAAUGACUACUCCAAUGAUGUAGUUGCACGAGCCAAGUAUUACAAGAAUCAUGGAUACUAG